AUGUCGGCAUCUAACGAGGUCCUCGAGAAUGUCUCGACGCUGUCCCACGGUGCAGCAACCACAGAUUCGCAGGCCUCUCCACCGCUCUCAAAAAUUUCUCCACAGUCGUCAGCAACCGACAAGGCCUCCUCCAUCUCACCCUAUCUGGACACGGACGCUCCCAAAUCGCACUCGCAACAUGGCAUGCCCUUUGACGACUUUGUCAUCGAGAACGACGAGCUGCACGACUUCGAGAGCCAAAGCCCCAUCAAGCGACGUAUGGAUCCGCGCGUCUUGCUCGACUUGACAACUUUGUCCAUCGUCAUUGCCGGUAUCAUCCUUCUUUUCUUGGGCUAUCCACUGAUCGAGUUCGGCCACCUCGCAACCAGCAAGAAAGAUGGCUUCAACAUUGGCGGCACCAAUGCUACCGGCCAAGUCCCCGACAUGACCAACAUGCGCACUUCCCUCAUCGAUCCAGACACUCCACAGGAUGUGCGAACAAAAAGGUCCGUAGAUGGCACGCAGGACCUACAGCUCGUCUUUAGUGACGAGUUCAACAGGGAUGGUAGGUCCUUCUGGCCAGGCGACGACCCUUUCUGGACUGCCGUUGAUCUUUGGCCAUGGCCCACAGGAGACUACGAGUGGUACAGUCCGCAAGCAGUCACCACCGAGGGAGGCAAUCUCGUCAUCACCGCCGACGAGAUCGAGACCAACAACCUCAACUUCCGCAGUGGCCAGCUCACCUCGUGGAAUCAGUUCUGCUUCACGGGAGGCUACAUCGAGACCCGCAUUCAGCUGCCUGGAAGCAGCUCCAUCUCCGGAUGGUGGCCUGCCGUGUGGACCAUGGGCAAUCUCGGACGAGCCAACUACGGUGCCACUACGCAAGGAACCUGGCCGUACGCCUACAGUGCUUGCGACGUUGGCACCUUGAAGAACCAGACCGAUCCGGAUGGACUGGGCCCGUCAGGCGCCCUCACCAGUGGUAACACCGUCUACAACGAGAAGUACGGCACCACGUCGAUCAGCUGGCAGCCGGGACAACGUCUCUCCGCCUGCACAUGCCCCGGCGACGACCACCCAGGGCCCAAGGAUUCGAGCGGCAACUUUGUCGGUCGUUCCGCCCCCGAAAUCGACGUCAUCGAGGCCCAGGUCGGCGGCGGCAUUGGCGGCGUCUCGCAAUCCGGCCAGUGGAUGCCCGCAAACUACGGCUAUGAGCUCAUCAACACCACAGGUACCGAGUACGAAUUCUUCCAGCCCUCGGCGCAGCUCAACUCGUACCAGGGCAACGUGCUCCAGCAGUCGGCCAGUGGCGUCGUCAACACCUUGCAGACGGCCUAUCAGUACAGUGGCGGCGACUUUUCCGUCUACGGCUUCGAGUACAAGGCAGGCUUUGACGGGUACAUUGACUGGGUCAACAACGGUCAGCGGGCGUGGAGGCUCAACUCCGGCGCGCUCGCUGCCGAUCCCAGGGUCGGCAUCAGCCGCAGACCUGUCCCGCAAGAGCCCAUGUACAUCCUCAUCAAUCUCGCCAUCUCGUCCGGAUUCGGCUAUAUUGACUGGGCCAACCUCGAGUUCCCCGGCAAGAUGCUCAUCGACUACGUCCGCGUCUACCAGCCCUCGGGCCAAACCAACGUCGGUUGCGACCCAGACGACUUCCCCACCCAGGCCUACAUCAACAAACACAUCGAGGCCUACUCAAACCCCAACCUCACGAUAUGGGGUGGGACAGAGGCGCAGGGUGGAUACCAGGCGGAUUGGCCACGCAACAGGCUCAACCCCAACGGAUGCUCAAAUCCACCAUCGAAGUAUCCUGGGCCGAACCCGGCGGCGUAG